UUGAGAUGCGGUCUGAGCGGCAGAGACAAGUCAACAGCAGCAAGACGGUGUUUCCAUCCCAGCUCCUGAGGCUGCUGCUCCUCUGGGUUCCAGGCUCCAGUGGGGCGACCGUGCUGACCCAGUCCCCAGCCCUCCUGUCUAAGGCUCCAGGGGACAAAGCCACCAUCACCUGCCGGGCCAGCCAAAGCGUCAGCAACUACUUGCGCUGGUACCAGCAGAAACCAAAUCAGCCUCCCAAGCUCCUUAUACAGUACGCUUCCCAGACCAUCUCAGGGGUCCCCGCCCGGUUCAUCGGCAGCGGAUCUGGGACAGAUUUCACCCUCACCAUCAGCAGCCUGGAAGCCGAAGACGCUGCAAAGUAUUACUGUCAGCAGAGCUACAGUUCUUCUCCCACAGUGCUACAACCUAGAGCAAAAACACGCUCAGCCUGGGAAGAAAACAAGAAAGAGCCUCAGGGAGGACCUGCAUUGAACAUGGGUGUCCUGACUCAGCUCUCCUGCCUUCUGUUCCUCUGGCUCCCAGCUGCCAGCGGGAGCGCUGUGCUGACCCAGACUCCAGCCAUCCUCUCUGUGUCCCUAAGGGAGAGCAUCUCCAUCACCUGCACGGCCAAUGAGAGCGUCAGUGAUUACGUGAGCUGGUAUCAGCAGAAACCAGGACAGGCUCCUAGGCUGCUCAUCUAUGACGCUGAUGAUCGUUAUCCUGGUGUCCCAGACAGGUUCGUUGGGCUUCAGUCUGGGACACAGUUCAUUCUCACAAUCAACAAGGUAGAGGCUGAUGACGCUGCCAGUUAUUACUGCCAGCAGGGUUACACGGUUCCGUAUAGUUUCGGCAGUGGGACCAGGCUGGAAAUCAAACGGGCUGAUGCCAAGCCAUCCGCCUCCAUCUUCCCACCGGCUAAAGAACAGUUAGAGACCGAAAGUGCCACCAUCGUGUGCAUGGUGUCUAACUUCUACCCCAAAGACAUCAGCGUCAAGUGGAGAGUGGACGGGGUGAGCCAGAGCAGCGGCGUCCAGACGAGCAUCUCGGACCAGGACAGCAAGGACAACACCUACAGCCUCAGCAGCUACCUGACGCUGCCCAGCUCGGAGUACCAACAGCACAACCUCUACGCCUGCGAGGUCACCCACAGGACCCUGUCCUCCGCCGAGGUCAGGAGCUUCGACCGGAGACACUGCUGAGCCAGCGCCCACGGGCUCCGGCACCGGGCUCCGCCCCAGCCUCCGCCAGCUCCCUCCCUCGGGCCUCCUCAGGCCCUUUCCCCACUGGAGACCCUCCCCUGUGACAAUCCACCAGCCCCUCUCCCCGCCCCUCCCCCUCCCCCCUUUGGCUUUAAUCAUGCUAAUGUUGGGGGGGUGAAUAAAUAAAGUGAAUCUUUGCACCUGUGA